AUGUUUUUACUAGUGCUCUUUGCGUUAGCCUCCAAUGAAGUUGUUGCCAAGAAAAAGUCUUCAACACCUAAAUUAAGAAGAAGUGAUUUUCCAAAAGGUUUCAUUUUUGGAUCUGCAACAUCUGCCUACCAGGUCGAAGGAGCUGCUCAUGAAGAUGGUAGAGGACCAAGUAUCUGGGACACCUUCUCUGAAAAAUAUCCAGAGAAGAUUCAAGAUGGUAGCAACGGGUCUAUUGCAGAUGACUCUUACCGUCUUUACAAGGAUGAUGUGGCUUUAAUGCAUCAAAUUGGCUUCAAUGCCUACAGAUUCUCCAUCUCUUGGUCAAGAAUCUUGCCUCGAGGGAAUCUAAAAGGAGGAAUCAACCAGGCUGGUAUUAACUAUUACAACAAGUUGAUCAAUGAACUUUUGUCUAAAGGGAUCAAGCCUUUUGUCACAAUUUUUCAUUGGGAUACACCACAAGGCCUUGAAGAUGCUUAUGGUGGCUUCCGUGGGGAAGAAAUUGUAAAUGAUUUCCGCGAUUAUGCAGAUAUUUGUUUUAAGAAUUUUGGUGAUAGAGUGAAACAUUGGAUGACUUUGAACGAGCCGUUGACAGUGGUGCAACAAGGAUAUGCUCUAGGUAUAAUGGCUCCAGGAAGAUGCUCCAAAUUUACAAACUCUAACUGCACCGCCGGAGAUGGAGCCACGGAGCCUUAUUGUCGGUCACAAUCUCAUCCUUGCUCAUGGAGCUGCCGUCAAACUUUACAGAGAAAAAUUCAAGGUCAAGUUGGUAUUGCUUUAAACGGAGGUUGGAACUUGCCCUACACGGAAUCAGCCGAGGAUAAGUUAGCCGCGGCACGAGCCUUGGCCUUCACAUUUGACUACUUCAUGGAGCCGCUUGUCACUGGUAAAUACCCGGUCGACAUGGUCAACAACGUAAAAGGUGGUCGGUUGCCUACAUUCACGGCAAAGCAAUCAAAGAUGCUGAAGGGCUCAUAUGAUUUCAUUGGCAUCAAUUACUACUCCUCUUCUUACGCAAAGAACGUCCCUUGUUCAACCGAAAAUGUUACAUUCCUCUCUGAUCCUUGUGCAAGUGUCACGGGUGUGAGAGAAGGAGUUCCCAUAGGUCCAAAGGCUGCGUCUGAUUGGCUUUUAAUAUAUCCAAAGGGGAUUCGUGAUCUUGUUCUCUAUGCCAAAUACAAGUUUAAGGAUCCUGUCAUGUACAUAACUGAGAACGGGAGAGAUGAAGCUAGUAUUAGCGGUAAAAUUUUACUUAAAGAUAAUGAUAGGAUCGAUUACUACGCUCGGCAUCUUGAGAUGGUUCGGGAAGCUGUCUCUGUUGGGGCCAAUGUGAAGGGCUUUUUCGCGUGGUCGUUGCUGGAUAACUUUGAGUGGUCAAAUGGUUACACGGUCCGGUUCGGAUUGGUUUAUGUGGAUUACAACGAUGGUGGUAAGAGAUAUCUCAAGAAAUCGGCUCACUGGUUCAAAAAGUUCUUGCAUCAUAAGAUAAACAAUUGA